AUGAGCUCAAUCCAAGAACGAAUGAUGCGCGUCCUACUCGGUGCGCUUCUGCUUUUCCAGACCGUCCUGGGGGUACCAAGCAAAGGGCAGAUCGCUGCAAGGGAACUUACAUCUUCCGCUACAACCGCCGCCGUCACCGCAGCGACCUGCAACGGCCGAACGGAGUAUUGCGACCGGUCCUACUCAAAUGUCACAUUCAUCGGCUCGCACGACUCGGCUUUCGUUGGGAAACUCCCACAGCAGAACCAGAACAUCGAUAUUAAGGCUCAGCUCGACAUGGGUGUCCGGUUCUUGCAGGCACAAACGCACCAUUCCCUCCUGGAUGACAGUGUGCUGGAGCUGUGCCACACAUCUUGUGUUUUGGAGGAUGCAGGGACCCUCGAGUCAUUCCUCGGAACAAUCAAGGAUUGGCUGGAUGCCAAUACAAACGAAGUCGUUACGCUUCUUCUGACAAACGGGGACUCGGUUGAUAUUACCGACUUCGGCGAUACUUUCUCGAACAGUGGCAUUGCCGACUACGCAUUUGCCCCUUUGUCGAGUCCAGACACCCUUCCUAUCGAUGAAUGGCCUACCAUCGGCGAGCUGAUCUCGAGUGGAAAGAGGCUGGUCGUGUUUUUAGACUAUGGCACCGACACAACCAAAGUAGACUACAUUCUCAACGAGUUCAACUACUAUUUUGAAACGGCGUACGACGUCACCGACUCUUCUUUCUCGAACUGCAGUAUCGACCGACCCUUCGGUGCUUCCGCAUCAGGCCGCAUGUACAUCGUGAACCAUUUCCUGGACGUGGAUAUCUUCGGUGUGAAGAUCCCGGACCGUCAACACGCGGCAAGAACCAACGCAGCUACGGGUGACGGUAGUAUUGGAGGACAAGCCAGUCUAUGCGAGGACAUGUAUGAUCGUGCGCCUAAUGCGAUAUUGUUGGAUUUCGUGGAUGAGGGAGAUGCUAUCAAUGCACAGAAUAGUUUAAAUGGUUUUUAG